CACUAUUUGGGCGAAUUGAAUAGCAGAAAAAAUUGUUUUUUUUUAUUUAUUUUGUGGCCUGAAUCCGAAUCGAAGCCAUCAAUUGAUCGCCUCUUCAUCGGUCCCACGUCAUGUGGGAGCGUUACCGACACUCUUCCAUCCGUUUCUGCUCACGAGCUCUUCUUUAUUGCAGACGGCUGUGAUUUUUUCCUAUUCUCUUCCGUUCUAUGAUCUGUUUUUUUUGAUAACGCCGGGAAAAUAUCAAGGGAGAGUGAUAGCGAAGUACGAGUAAUUUCGAAAGAUUUUACCUUUUUCACACUUUUAUUUUUCUGAUUAUUUAAAGGGUUUGGCUAGGGUUUCUCGGUGGUACGGGGAAAAAGUUUUGUUCUUUUCUUAGCUUUUGGGAUUUGAGUGGUUCUUUCUUGUUUGAGGGAAUUCGGGUAAAGGUGACUGUUUUGACCAGUCUAGGGAGGGAUUUGGGAUGGGCUUCGUGAGCACUUUGUUGGGUACUUUCGGAUUUGGGAUUGGAGUUUCUGCUGGGAUUGUCAUCGGCUAUUAUCUCUUCAUCUACUUCCACUCCACUGAUGUCAAGGAUCUUAAAUUUCGUCCACUUGUUGAACAUGACUCGCAAUCUUUGGAGCGCAUGCUUCCUGAGAUUCCUUUAUGGGUCAAAAACCCGGACUUUGACAGGGUUGAUUGGCUAAACAAGUUUCUAGAGAAUAUGUGGCCAUAUCUGGAUAAGGCAAUAUGUAAAACUGCAAAGGAGAUUGCAAAGCCAAUUAUUGCUGAGAAUACUACAAAGUAUAAAAUUGAUUCAGUUGAAUUUCAAACACUGACCUUAGGUUCACUACCACCUACCUUUCAAGGAAUAAAAGUUUAUAUUACUGAUGAAAAGGAGUUGAUUUUGGAACCUGUACUGAAAUGGGCUGGAAAUCCUAAUAUAACUGUUGUUGUUAAAGCUUUCGGAUUAAAAGCAUCUGCACAGGUCAUAGAUUUACAGGUCUUUGCCAUACCACGAAUCACAUUAAAGCCACUUGUUCCUAGUUUUCCCUGUUUUGCAAAAAUAUACGUCUCUUUGAUGGAGAAGCCACAUGUUGACUUUGGUUUAAGGCUUCUUGGAGCUGAUCUUAUGUCAAUUCCUGGCAUCUAUACCGUCGUCCAGGAAAUAAUAAAAAAUCAGGUUGCAAGCAUGUAUCUUUGGCCAAAAACUCUUGAAAUUCCAAUCAUGGAUCUUUCAAGCGCCAUGAAGAAGCCCGUUGGAAUACUUCAUGUAAAAGUAAUCAGAGCAUAUAAACUAAAAAAGAAAGACCUUUUGGGCAAAUCAGAUCCUUAUGUAAAGCUAAAGCUUACAGAAGAGAAACUCCCAUCGAAGAAAACCAAAGUGAAGCACAAUAAUCUUAAUCCUGAAUGGAACGAGGAAUUCCGAUUGGUUGUCAAAGACCCAAAUUCUCAAGCUUUGGAGCUUCUUGUUUUCGAUUGGGAGAAGGUUGGGAAACAUGAUAAGAUUGGCAUGCAAGUUAUUCCAUUGAAACAACUUUCUCCCGACGAACCCAAAACUUUGACUCUCGAGUUGGUAAAAACGAUGGAUCUAUCCGAAACCGAUGAUAAAUCACGGGGCCAAAUUGUGGUUGAGUUGCUAUAUAGUCCUUUCAAGGAAGAUGCUUUGCCCAAUGAAGUUGUCGAGGAUGCCGACGGUUUAGAGAAGGCUCCCGAAGGCACUCCUGCCGGCGGAGGUUUAUUGGUUAUCACGAUUCAUGAAGCCGAAGAUCUCGAGGGUAAACACCACACAAACCCGUAUGCACGAAUCAUCUUCAAAGGCGAAGAGAGGAAGACUAAGCACAUUAAGAAAAAUAGGGAUCCACGGUGGGAAGAAGAGUUUCAGUUUGUUUGCGAGGAGCCCCCUGUGAAUGAUAAAUUGCAAGUGGAUGUCCAUAGCAAGCCAUCAACUAUUGGCAUACACUCUAAGGAAAAUUUGGGUUAUGUUGUCAUCAGCCUUGCAGACGUCAUCACAAACAAGAGAAUCAAUGAGAAAUAUAAUCUCAUUGAUUCCAAAAAUGGCAGAAUCCAGAUUGAAUUGCAAUGGCGGCCUUCAUAGACAGCAGCAGCAGCUUCAGUCAGCAAACUGCAAAUCAAAGAAAGAGGAAACUUUUAUUCUGGCUUUAUUUUCAUUUUUUUUUUGUUUUAAUAAAUAUUGUAUCUUCUGUACAUAUAAUGGCUGUGUGAUUUCAUGUUAUUGUAUGCUUUGGGUGAAUGUUUGCAUUUUUUUUCUUUUUAAAAUUUGAAAUUAAACCUUUGAACUGCAUUUGUGAAAGGCACAGUAGAACUUUUGAAAA